AUGUCGGGUCAAGAUCAAGUACUCGCCUAUGUCUUUGGCGACCAAACACAUGACAUCGCAGACACGCUGCGUAGUCUGGUACAAUCUCACCAUGAUCCACUCGUGAUCGACUUCCUUGAGCGAAGCUGUGGAGUGCUGAAACACGAAGUUGCCCGCCUAUCUCCAGAGCAACAGGCGCGAUGCCCACGCUUCGCUACCUUGGCAGAUCUCCUGUCAUCAUACCGUUCCGGUACCCUCAACCCCUGUCUUGUACAAGCCUUGACAUGUAUUACACAACUUGGCCUCUUCAUCCGUCAACAUAGCAGCGGAUGUCAAGUCUAUCCCACACCCGAGAACAGCCUCUUGGCCGGAAUCUGUACCGGUGCCUUGGCUGCUGCGGCCGUGAGCUGUGCUCAUAGCGCCCCUAGUCUUCUCUCACCCGCGCUUCACGCCGUUGCUGUUGCCGUUCGCUUGGGCGCGCUCGCAUGGGACGUCGCUGAUAGAAUCACCAACAAGCAUGAGAUAUCCGAUUCUACCAGCACGUUCGAUUCGUGGUCUCGCGCCGUGACUGGAUCCAGCCCGAAGAUUCUUGCCGACGCUCUGCUGCAAUACGCUGCUGAAGCUGGCCUGCCCGUGACGACUACCCCGUAUAUUUCAGCCAUUAUCGGGCCUAAUCAAGCAACCGUCUCUGGACCGCCCGGAGUUCUCUCCAAUUUCUUGGCCUCAGACAUCGGCAAGUCAGUUGCACCUACGUCAGCCUCGCUGCGCAUCACUUCCCCAUACCAUUCUGCACUAUUCUACAGUGAGCACGAUAUCGAGCAAGUCCUUGCUAGUGUUCCACUGAGUAGCUCGUCUCUGGCUCGCAUUCCUGUCAUCUCCACCAGCACCGAGGGCCAAGUGCACUCCACUAAGGCAAGCCUCCGAGAUGCGCUCGAGCAAGCUGCUCGUGACUGUCUUGAGAGACAGAUGGCGCUUGAGCAAUUGCCGGUCCGUAUAGCUGAGCAUGUUAGACGUUCGGCUAAGACGACGACGGACAGCAUCACAGAUGUGAUUAUUCAGCCUUUUGCAUUCCACAGCACGGAUCGCCUUGUCUCCCCUGUUCGUCGACUUCUACCGUCAGAUUCCUACUGUGUACAAGAGAGGUCCCCUCUAGCUGCUGAAGAGCUUGCCUCGCUGGCAGGCAAUGGUGCUCUCGGUGCCGAUGGUGGUGCUUCGAAGUCUCCUAUCGCCAUCCUUGCUGCUUCCGGCAGAUUCCCUGGCAAUGCUGAUACCAUGGACGCAUUCUGGGAUAUCCUCCACAAGGGUGUCGAUACUCACGAGAUGGUUCCAGCCUCUCGAUGGAACGCCUCUGCUCACGUUGGAGACACAUCUGUGAAAAACGUCUCUGGCACCGGCUUUGGUUGCUGGCUGCAUCAGGCACCGCAGUUCGAUGCAGCCUUUUUCAAUAUGUCGCCCCGUGAGGCCGCACAAGUCGAUCCUGCCCAGCGCCUUGCACUCUUGACUGCCGCCGAGGCUCUCGAGAAGGCGGGAAUCGUGCCGAACCGUACUCCGUCUACUCAGAAGCACCGCGUAGGUGUAUGGUUUGGUGCCACUAGCAACGACUGGAUGGAGACAAACAGUGCGCAAAACAUCGAUACCUACUUCAUUCCCGGCGGCAACCGUGCAUUCAUUCCGGGUCGCAUCAACUAUCAUUUUAAAUUUAGCGGUCCCAGUUACACUAUCGACACUGCUUGCAGCUCUAGCUUGGCUGCGCUGCACUUGGCAUGCAAUGCUCUGUGGCGCGGCGAGGUUGACACCGCCAUUGUUGGAGGUACCAAUGUCCUCACCAAUCCUGAUAUGACGGCUGGUCUGGACAGAGGCCACUUCCUCUCCCGUACCGGCAACUGUAAGACAUUUGACGAUGACGCUGACGGAUACUGCCGCGGCGAAGCAGUUGUCACGAUCAUCCUUAAGCGACUGGAUGACGCCCAGAAGGACAAGGACCCUAUUGAGGCUUGCAUCUUGGGGGUCGCCACGAACCACAAUGCCGAAGCAGAGUCCAUCACUAGACCCCAUGCCGCUGCUCAGAAGGACCUAUUUGAGCAUAUACUUGCCGAGACCAAGGUCAGCUCCAACGACAUCAGCUACGUUGAGAUGCACGGUACGGGUACGCAGGCUGGCGACGCAGGGGAGACCACUUCCGUUGUGACGACCUUGUCUCCGCUGACGGCUCGCGGCACAUCAGUCCGCCCAGCUACCAACCCUCUCCAUAUUGGUGCCGUUAAGUCCAAUGUCGGCCAUGGCGAAGCUGCUGCUGGAGUCACCAGUCUUGCCAAGGUCCUCAUGAUGAUGAAACACUCGACCAUUCCUCCUCACAUUGGUAUCAAGACCAAGAUCAACCACAAGUUGCCAGAUCUUCAAGCUCGUAACACUCGCAUUGCUACUGUCGCGACCCCUUGGGUCAGGCCCGCGAAUGACAGCCGCCGAGUGUUGCUGAACAACUUCUCUGCCGCAGGCGGCAACACCGCUAUCGUCCUGGAAGACGCUCCUGUCUUCAACAAUUACACCGGCCCCGACCCGAGACGCCAUCACGUCGUGACGCUCUCCGCUAAGACGGGCGAAUCCUUAGUCUCUAAUCUUGGCAACCUUCUUCAAUGGCUCGAUGGUGCGGCACCGCGUGAAGACCCCAAUCUCCUCGCAAAGCUCUCUUAUACCACCACCGCCCGCCGUAUGCACCAUCGGUACAGAGUUGCUGUGACUGCUACUAGUAUUCCCCAACUCAAGUCGUCGCUGCAGAAAGAGCUCGAUGCCCGUAGCGGAGGAGAGAAGAUUCUGCCUGCCCCGGCCAAAACACCCGGCUUCGUAUUUACUUUCACAGGCCAAGGCUCACCACACGCUGGUAUGGGUGCGGACUUGUACGCCCGGUUCGCUUCAUUCAAGAACAACUUACAGCGCUACAACCACUUGUGCGUCCAGAUGGGCCUGCCGUCGAUUCUUCCUCUAUUUGAGGAGCGGGACUAUUUUAGCCGUGCUUCGCUUACUGCCCUCCAGUUGGCGCACGUCUCUUUCCAGAUGGCUCUUUGCAAGCUCUGGGAGUCCUUUGGCAUCACCCCCAAGGCAGUCGUCGGUCACAGUCUUGGAGAGUACGCCGCUCUUUAUGCCGCCGGUGCUCUUUCUCAAGCCGACGUCCUCUACUUGGUAGGAAAGCGAUCUCAGCUGAUGGAGGAGCACUUAGCCCAGGGAACGCACGCCAUGCUCGUCGUUAUGGCUGAAGAGGCUACAGUCCUCGCUGCUAUUCCUGGUGUUGUCGGUCGCGACCUCGAGGUCUCGUGCCGCAACAGGAAGCACAACAUCGUUCUCGGCGGAACCAUUGCGCAUGUCAAGGAAGCCCGGACCAUUCUCGAGUCGAAGGGCAUGCGCUGCCAUGUUCUCGACACUGCACACGCUUUCCACACCUCUCAGGUUGACCCUAUCCUUGCUCAGUUCCGGAAGAUUGCAAAGGGUAUUCACAUUUGUCGCCCUACGAUCCCAGUUAUCUCGCCUACUCUGAGCAAGGUGCUUCGCGAGGCCACUGAUUUCAGCGAGGGCUACUUUGUUGAGCAUUGCAGAAAGCCGGUCAACAUCAUGCAGGCCGCAUCUGUCGCCAAGGCAGAAGGCAUCUUGGAUGAGCGCACUAUCGCCAUUGAGAUUGGUCCCGCGCCUGUUGUUGCUCCUAUGGUUAAGGAAGUCGUUGGAUCUACGAUGCAGACGUUCGCAUCUGCACACAAGACUAUUGAUACCUGGCAACUGAUGACCGAUGCCUUCUCCGGCAUGUAUGCGGCUGGGGCCAACGUCGAAUGGUCUAGAUACCAUGCCGACUUCCCAGAGUGCCAGCAGGUUCUUCAACUGCCCUCCUACGGAUGGACUCUCAAGGAGUACUGGAUGCAGUACACCAAUGACUGGAGUCUCCGCAAAGGUGAUGCUCCCAUUAUCAUGGGGCCUGCCAACUUGGCCUUCUCGUCGAUUUACAACGUGGUCAAGAACACUCUUCAGUCAAGCUCUGACGGCGAGGUGGUCGUCGAUCUCGACCUCAACGCUGACGAUGUUCAUUCCAUGGCUCAAGGUCACAAGGUCUACUACGGUGUAGCUCUAUGCACUCCUUCCGUCUAUGCAGACAUUGCUCAGAUGAUUGGCAAGUAUGUCAAGCAAAUCACAGGCAUGGACGUCGACGCAGUCGGAACCGAGGUGGCAGAGAUGCACAUCCAGAGUGCUCUCGUCGCCAAUGAUGUCGGACUCAAGCAAGUCCUUCGCACCGAGGCAAAGUUUGAUGCGGCGAAGAAGUCUCUCUUCUGUACAUUCUCUACCCUCGACGGCAACGACAAAACCAUGGAGCAGCAUGCCAACUGUUCAAUCCGCUUCACCGAAAUCGAUGAGACCAAGUCUCAGUUCGCUCAGGCUGUUUCGGAUGCAAAGAUUCGCAUGAAGGCCAUCCAGGCGCAGGUCGGAGGAGAUGAGAGCACUUUCCGGUUCAGCAAAUCGAUGAUCUACAAGAUGGUUGGUCAGCUUGCCGAUUUCGACCCCAAGUAUCGCGGCCUGUCUGCCAUCACUCUCAGCAACAACACCUACGAAGCUGCAGGUACUGUAUCAUUCAAGGGCAUCCCUGACAAUGGAAAGUGGUUCUCCAAUCCCGCUUUCCUGGACUCCAUCUCUCAAUUAGCUGGCUUUGUUAUGAACGCCAAUGAGUCUGUCGAUCUUGACAAGGAGCUUUUUGUCAACCAUGGAUGGGAGUCGAUGAAGCUAUUCACUCCUAAGCUCGAUGCGAACAUGACCUACCACUCAUAUGUGAAGAUGACUGAGGGCAAGGACAAACUGUGGUCUGGAGAUGUUAUCAUCUUCGAUCAGAAUCAGAACCUCAUCGGAAUCCUUGGUGGGGUUGCGUUACAGGGAGUCCCCAAACGCCUUAUGGACUACAUCAUCAAUUCGGCCAUGAAGAAGGUCUCGGGUGGCUUCUCAUCGGCAAAGUCUCAAACGCAACCACUACAGCCCCAGGCAAUCGUCACUUCGGACAUGAAGGCAACCUUUGGAGACAUUUCUCUGGCCGAGUCUCAAGCUGCUCCCACUGCGCAACAAGCUGCAGAAGACUCCUGGCCUGUGGCUCUCAAAGUCUUGGCUGAAGAGAGUGGUCUUGAUGAGAAGGAGCUGGCCGACGAUGUCGCCCUCGCUGACAUUGGUAUCGACUCGCUUUUGUCACUUGUGAUUUGCGGCAGACUGCGCGACGAGCUUGACGUUGAUCUUCCAGAACGGGCACUAUUUGAGGAGUGUCUCACUGUUGGCGACAUUAGGAUGCGUGUUUCUGGCACCGCGAUGUCGUCGACAGAGUCCUCUGGGCAUGAGAGCGACAUCACAAGCGUUGAAUCUGACAAUGCUUCGUCGGUGGGCUCGCCUGAUCUCGACAACUUGGCGUCGCCUUUCUCCGCUGCCAUGACGCCAAUCAAUGGGCUUGAUACCCCUGGUUCUUAUUUUGAGGUCAUCGACAUGAGCGCUGGAGACUUCAAGGGCCAAGCCGUUCCAUCGACUCCUAUCGUGUCUACAAUUCCACCGGCGUGGUCAAUGUACCUCCAAGGUUCCCGCACGAAAGCCAAGGAGACUCUUUUCCUUUUCCCGGAUGGCUGUGGAGUAGCCACUUCCUACUUGAGUCUUCCGACUAUCUCGCCGACUACGGCACUUGUUGGCUUCAAUUCGCCAUUUGCAAAAACUCCCAGCCGAAUGUGCGACCAUACUCUUCGAGAGGUUCUACAGUCCUACAUCGCCGGCCUCCGUCAGAAGCAAUCCCGUGGCCCCUACCGUCUCGGAGGUUGGUCAGCGGGCGGUAUUCUCGCCUACGCAGUGACCCAAGAACUCAUUGCCGCCGGCGAGGAAGUCACCUCUCUCACGCUUAUUGACUCUCCCCCGCCCAACAACGGCCUGGAUCACCUGCCUGACAGAUUCUACGACCACUGCAACAAGGUCGGCAUCUUCCGCAACGAGAUGCGUCGCGGCGCGGAGCAGUCUGAACCGCCCGAGUGGUUGAUGCCUCACUUCCGCGCCUCAACUGAACUUCUGCAUGACUAUCAUGCGCCCGCCAUGUCACCCGAGGCGGCCAGAAAGUUACACGUAAAUAUCAUCUGGGCAGGGGAGUGCGCUUUUGAUGGGGUUCGGUACCCGACUUUGCCGCCUGCCAUGAUGGAAGGCGAGGAUUGUGAGGGGAUGAAGUUCCUCACUGAGAAGAGGAAAAAUUUCGGACCCGGGGAGUGGGCUUUGCUGUUCCCCGGUGCGUCUAUUGCGACUACGGUCAUUGAGCGGGAGCAUCACUUCAGCAUGAUGCGAGGUAGCGGCGCAGACAGAUUGGUCGACGCUAUCAGACGGGGUCUCUGA